CAUAUAUAAACUGUUCAAGCCACAGUUAAAUAUUAAUUGUGCUAGGAAAAACUUCAUUCAAAAUUUUUGAAGAAAGCAUGAACCCAAUUUUUAUUUUGUGUGCGUUUGCACACCUCGGAGUGGUUCAUGGUUAUUGGCACCUCGCUUGGGAGGAUCAAUUCGACGGAGCUAAUUUAGCAGAUAGGUGGGAUUUCGAUACGGGAUGUAGUGGGUUUGGUAACAACGAGUUGCAAUGUUAUACAAAUAACAGACGAGAGAAUGCCAACCAGCAAGGGGGAAUUUUGACCAUAACGGCCCGGAAAGAAUGGUGGGGUGACGGUGUUCAUGGCGACAAGCAAUUUACCUCGACAAGAAUGAAGACAAAGGCGAAUUGGCUUCAUGGAAAAUUCGAGAUUAGAGCGAGAUUACCAAAAGGCAAACACCUCUGGCCCGCAAUUUGGAUGAUGCCUGCUCGCUCAGAGUAUGGAGAUUGGCCUCGUUCCGGCGAGAUUGACAUAAUGGAAUACAGAGGUCAACUUCCAAACCAGGACCAGGGGACCCUACACUUUGGACAAGCCUGGAACAAUAAGGGUCAAGUUGGCAGCGGGGAGAGAAAUUUCCCCGUCGACUUUUCCCAAGAUUUCCACACCUUCGGAUUAGACUGGAGCCCUUGGCAGAUUCAGUGGAUCCUAGACGGAGCCGUUUUCCACACGGAAACUUUACAGAAAAAUUUCUGGCCGGGAUUAUACACCAAAAAUGGUCAACCCUUCGAUAAGAAUUUCUACCUCAUCAUCAACCUCGCCGUGGGGGGAAGUUUCUUCGGGAAUGAACCCUUCGAUCCGAAAGAGGCGGACAGUUGGGCAAAAAAUACUUUGGAAGUUGACUGGGUUAAAAAAUGGGAGUGGCGCUAAACAUGACGUGAAGCGGAUAAUUGUCCUAAAUAUAGACUAUUUAAAUAAAUCGAAACAUUUAUGUGUUUUACCAAUUAUUUAUUAAAUUUCUCUUGUAUUAAAUGUUAACUUCAAUUUGGCAACCAAAUCAAAA